AUGUUCCAGAAACGCAACCUGGCCGCGUUGCGUAAUCGCACACCUGUGACGCAACCGGAAGUUGCAGCCUCCGAUGCAUCGCACGACGGAGCUACGACGGCAGUGAAAUUGGCGGACCGUCGCACUGGCCGCAAGCUCUGCGUUGGAAGUACAAAAGAUGCUGUACCGACAUUUCGUGAUGGCGUUGAAACUUAUGAGCCGGACCGUUCGGAGGAGGUAAGGGGCGACCAGCGUGCGACCUCGACGUACGAAAUCGACACCGAGGCCAGUCACGACCACCGCAGCGUCUUGGAGCGAAACGCCGAGAUCGGUCGCAAACUGCUGAACGAGGAGCUGGAGGAUGGCGUGUACCGCGGACGCGGCGCAUAUCGUCCAGUGAUGAACGUACGAGAGGGUAGCAUUGCAGCUGCUAAGUACACCGGUUUGUACGGCCCGGUGCGCGCUUCAUCGACCAACGUGAGGACGACGCUGCGCAUCGACUACCAACCCGAUAUCUGCAAAGAUUACAAGGAGACCGGAUACUGUGGAUUCGGCGAUUCGUGCAAGUUCCUGCACGACAGAAGUGACUACAAGACUGGCUGGCAGAUAGAGAACGAGUGGGAGCAGGCGCAGUCCGCGAAGAGGCAGAAGCUGCAGGAGAAGCUUGCUCGGUGGCAGCGCAAGGUUCAGAAAAACCUGGCCGACCCCGAAGCAGUAUCAUCGGGCUCAGACGCUGAGCACGCAGCAUCAGAAGAUGAGUCUGGAUCCAGUUGCGGGUCGUCAAGCUCCGACGACGAUUCUGACUCCGAUUCCGCUCCAGCGGAGAAGUCGAAGUAUGCGCGUGCUCUGAAAGCCCGCGCUCGCAACCUCAAUAUACCAUUCUCGUGCCUCGCCUGCCGAAAGGCGUGGAGACCGGAGAUGAACCCGAUCGUGACGACCUGCGGUCACUACUUCUGCGAGUCGUGUGCCAUCCGGUCGUACUCGCGUAACAUGAAAUGCGCCAAGUGUGGCAUUUCUCAGGAUGGAAUCCUCAACCCCGCCCAGGCAGUCAUAAAGCUUCUGGCUUCAAUGAACAACGAGGACGACUAA